AUCCCCUUCAGCUUUUUCCCUGAAACUUGAAGUUUAGAGUUGGACAAGUUGGAAAGAAAUCAGUUGUUUCCCCUGUUCCAAUAAAUGAGGAAGACUUUGAUAAAUAUGUAGAGCAACUCAAUAGAGAACGUAGUGGUGGACAAUACAGAUCACACAUUAGGACAUUAUUGAGAGAGACUCGCUCUAGAAGAGCACAGUGGCAAACCACACUGAAACCAACCUGUAAUAGAAACAUUACCUUGUGUUGAAGAGUGAGUCUUGUACUGCAUGAAUUUUUCACCAUAAGAAACAUCAACAAUCCUGACAAGGCUAGAAAUGAGAUUAAAAUGGAGUGGCUGAUGAAAAAGGUUGCAGAGCAGUUGAAGAAGGAUUUAAAUAGGUCUGACAUGACAGAUUGUAUGAUAAGCGGGAGACUUGUAGAGGAAUUGGUCGGAAAAAUGAAAUGGAAAGGACAGUGGUCAAGAACAGUAAUUAAAAUGAGCACUGAUCAUGUUGAUUUAAUCCCACAAAAACAUUCGGACUCUGCAGAUGAGGAGGUACCCCAUCUUGUAUUUACAAACAGUCUGGAGGAAGUUGGUGACAACAUAAAGAAUUUUGGACAAACCAGCAAUAUUUUUGAUGCAAUGAUGUUAUUAAUUGCGACAUAUUAUGUGUUUGAUUUAGAAUAUCCAACCAUUUAUUCACAAGUUUUGGGAAUUACAUAACACUAGGUGGGUUAUAACUGGAAGCAGUUUUCAGAGAUUAUAUCAAGAUCUUCUGAAACACCAAAUUAGUAAUUUAGAGAGAUUGUUUAAUUAGUGUUAAUAUUUGUACUUCACUCAAAUAAAAUGUCAUAUCUGCAGAGUAAAUUACAUCUAUUCAGUUUUUAUCAAGGCUUUGUGGAUGUGA